AUGGAUAAUCAAAGCUCAUUACUGUUGAAGAAGCAACUUAGAGACCUUACAAAGCACCCAGUAGAGGGAUUCUCAGCAGGUCUAGUUGAUGAUUCAAAUAUCUAUGAAUGGCAGAUCGUCAUUGUUGGUCCACCAGAGACACCUUACGAAGGAGGAUACUUCAAGGCUAUUCUAACCUUUACACCUGAAUAUCCAAACAAACCUCCAAAGAUGAAGUUUAUAUCAGAGAUGUGGCAUCCAAAUGUAUACACCAAUGGUGAGGUCUGCAUAUCUAUCCUUCAUGCUCCAGGCGAAGAUAUCUAUGGCUACGAACAAGCAAGCGAAAGAUGGCUUCCAGUUCAUACUGUCGAGUCUAUCUUGGUGUCUGUAAUAUCAAUGCUUUCAAGUCCAAAUGAUGAGUCUCCUGCGAACAUUGAUGCAGCCAGAGAGUGGAGAACACAGAAAGAUGUAUUCAAGAAAAAGGUAGCAAGGACCGUGAGAAAGAGCCAAGACAGUUUA